AUGUCUAGUGUUUUAACUUCAACGUCCUAUUCACCUAACAGCCAGUCCUCUAUAUAUGCUCUAGCUUCAAAUGAUGGACCAGGAACUAUCAUCACACAUGUAGUUCUCAAAGGAUCGAAUUAUGAAGAAUGGGCUAAAGGGUUUCGUAUUUCUCUGGGUGCGAAACGAAAACUGGGCUUCAUUAACGGUAAAAUCUCAAAACCUUCUGUUGAUUCUUCUGACAUGGAUGACUGGUGGACUAUAAACUACAUGAUCGUUACCUGGAUUUUUAACACAAUUGAUCCAGUUCUUCGUUCCUCAAUUUCUUAUCGUGACACCGUAUUCGAUUUAUGGGAAGAUAUCAGGCUUCGUUUUUCUCUUGGGAAUGGAAUAAAAAAUUUUCAGCUUAAAUCUGAUGUCGCCGGUUGCAAACAAAAAGAUGGAGAGUCUAUACAAGACUGUUACGGGAAGCUGAAGAAACUCUGGGAUGACAUCAAUGACUUUGAUGCCUUACCUUCUUGUCAAUGCUCCGGUUGUACUUGUGGUCUUAAUGUGACUCUUCGUACUCGACGUAACAAUGAUCAGGUAAGUGAAUUUUUAAUGGGUUUCAUACCCUAUUAUGCUAAUGUUCGUUCUAGUAUUUUAGGCACCGAACCACUUCCGUCUCUGCACACUGUGUACUCUCGUCUCAUUCAAGAGGAAGAGGUUCGAUCUUAUACUCAGCCAAAGGAGGAUAUCGUUCCUCCAAUGUAUUUUCUCGCUCACGGAAAUAAGCCACAAGGAUCGAAAACAGGAGCUGUCAAACCUCCAUUGAAGUGCACCUAUUGUGGUCAUAAUGGGCAUAUUGAGGAUCGCUGUUGGGAGAAGCACGGAUAUCCAGAUGGUCGCCAUCCCAGACGUCCACCUGCGGCUAAUCUCAAAACCGAAUCACCAGCUCACCGUAACCAACCAGCAGCUAAGGCAAACGCUGUCGUUGGUGAGAUUCCAACUACAAAUCCUGUUCGUCUCUCUGGUAAGCGUGGUCACAUCUGGAUUGUUGAUACAGGAGCCUCCAAUCAUGUUCGUUGCGAUGACAAUUUGUUUGAAUCUUGUCAUAAUAUUAGUCCUCUUCAAGUUGGUAUGCCUAAUGGUGUCAGCAUACAAGCAACCAAAAUUGGGAUUGUGCAGUUAAAUUACUUUAUUAUAUUGCACAAUGUGCUGUUCGUUCCUCAAUUCACAUGCAAUCUUCUCUCCGUUUCUCAAUUUUUAUCUUUAUCGCAUGUUAAUCAUGCACAGAAGAAUAUUAUCAGUGUUCAAUUCACUAAUUCUGAAUGUGUUAUACAGGACCAUACUUUGAGGACGAGGAUUGGUAUGGGUAAGCUCACGGAUGGGCUGUAUUGCUUGAUGGCGGGGAAACCAACUCGUGUCAACGUUGUGUUAGAGAAGAUUACUACAGAAUUAUGGCACAAACGGCUUGGUCAUCCUUCUAUCCGAGCUUUGAAGUAUCUACCUCAAAUUGGUCGUAUUGAUAGUCAGUUAGAUUUUCAUGCUUGUGAUUUUACUCGAAAGGUUAAGACUCUACGCAGUGACAAUGGAACUGAGUUCAAAGGUCUCUUCUCUUAUUUUCGAAACAAUGGCAUUGUUCAUCAAACUUCUGUUGUUAAGACACCACAACAAAAUGCUAGGGUGGAAAGGAAGCAUCGUCACAUUCUUAAUGUCGCUCGUGCACUACGUUUUCAAGCAUCCUUACCAAUCGAUUUUUGGGGUGAAUGUGUCCUUACUGCUGCCUAUUUGAUUAAUCGAACCCCUUCUCGUGUUCUUCACUUCAAGACGCCUUAUGACCUUCUUUAUGGUUCAGCUCCACCUAUUCACUCUCUUAGGGUAUUUGGAUGUCUCUGUUACGCGAAAAACCUCAACCCUUGUGAUAAAUUUGACAGUCGCAGUCGUCGUUGCAUAUUUCUUGGCUAUCCAUUUGGAAAGAAGGCCUGGCAUCUAUUUGAUCUCGACACAGGUCAUUACUUUCAGUCUCGAGACGUACAUUUUAUUGAAGAUACUUUCUCGUUGGAAGAUAACGAUGAGCUUCUUAAAUUGCACUCAUUGUAUUCUGAUAAGGUCACUGAACCAGUUACUAGAAAUUUGUCUGACGAUCAUUUUGAAGCUGAAUACAAUGAUCCACAUAUCUCUGGUGGUUCUUCUUCCGCUGCUAUUCCCUCGCCUGAUGAUACUGCACCUCCACAGACUAGUUCCAACAUUCCGUCAGCAUUCCUGGAUGUUACAACACCUGCUGUAAAUGAUACAUGUUCUGCUGAUAAGGAUAUUGAUUCAGCACUGUCUCAUGCCUCUUCUUCUGCUGUACCUGCGUCUGGUACAGAAUUUGUUACUCGUUCUCCCACCGAAACUGCAGAUAGUCGAGAUCAUCAUAGUAUAGUUGCAGACGAGGAACUAGGCCGGGGUAAACGUACAAAAUUUGAGAAUGUCAGGCAUAAGGAUUUUUUCACUGGAAGGGUGUUUCAAAACAGUCUAACACGACCUUGGUUUCCCCUGCAACUUCACCUAUACCAGUCAAGUCCUCAGGCUGAAAUUGCUGCACUAAUCUCCAAUGGUACAUGGACAAUUGAAGAUUUGCCUGCCAACAAGUCUGCAAUUGGUUGUAUGUGGGUUUUUAUAAUUAAGCGAAAAUAUGAUGGCUCAGUUGAGCGCUACAAAGCCAGAUUAGUCGUUUUUGGAAAUCAUCAAAAGGAAGGAAUUAAUUUCACUGAAACUUUCGCUCCUACAGUAAAAAUGGUUACUGAACUCUUCUUGCGGUUGCUGUGA